CUCAACUGCUGCCACAAUGUACAAGCUGCAAUUCUUGUCUUGCAUUGCACUAACUCUUGCACUCGUAGCAAACAGUGCACCUACUUUGAGCUCUACGAAGGACACAAAGAAACAACUGGAGCCACUGUUGCUGGAUUUACAGUUUCUUUUGAAGGAAGUUAAUAACUAUGAGAACCUCAAACUCUCCAGGAUGCUCACAUUUAAAUUUUACAUGCCCAAGAAGGCUACAGAAUUGAAACACCUUCAGUGUCUCAUGGAAGAACUCAAACCUUUGGAGGAAGUGCUAAAUUUAGCUCAAAGCAAAAACUCUCACCUGACAAAUAUCAAGGACUCAAUGAACAAUAUCAAUUUAACGGUUUCGGAACUGAAGGGAUCUGAAACAGGAUUCACAUGUGAAUAUGAUGAUGAGACAGUAACUGUUGUAGAAUUUCUGAACAAAUGGAUUACCUUUUGCCAAAGUAUCUACUCAACACUGACUUGA